UAGCCACUCUAGAAUUCUUUGACUUUCUUCCUUUUUUGAGUUUUUUCCUGUCAUCACAAUUAUGAAAUUAAAAAAUAUAAAAUUUAUUACUUUAUCCACGCAGCGGUCCUGGUCGCCACCUCUGUCUUUUAUAUACCCCCCAUUACCCAUUCAUACGAUUCUCGUUUUGCUUCCUCUUCUUUAUUCUCUCUUUUUUCUCUCCCAAAGACUUCAACCACAAAAAACGAAAAUCCUUGAGAAGAACAAACUCCACAAUAUAUAUAUAUAUAUAUAUUCAUUACCAGAAGAAGAAGAAGAAAGAAUCAAAGGAAACAACCCAAGUAUUAGCAGCUACAGAUUCUCCAUCUUCUUUUUAAUGGCAGUUGAUGCAAGUCAUCUUAAUCUUCUUCCUUCCCAGUUGCUUCAUCCUAAUAGGUAACAAGCCUUUGUUCAGCAACCAAAAAAAAGCUAUUGAUUCUCUGUUUUUUAAUGUUGUUUCUUUUGUUGGUUUGGUUUUGAAUCUUAUUAAAAUCUGGUGGAUUUUCAGAGAUAUAGCAUUUUCGAAUCAAGGAAACAAUAUGUUGGCGGCGGCGGCGGCCUACAAUAACCACCCACAGGGGAUUAGUCCUUUAGUUCCGGCAAUGGCGGAAAGUCUCCUACCCCCUCUGCAUCGAUCCAUGGUUUGCGAAACGGUUCAGCCCAAAACAUCAAUGAAUACUGAUAGUGGGCUGACUUACAACGUGACGGCUUCCGCCGCUGCUACCCGGAAACGGCCAAGAGAGUCGUUCGACCUUUUGAGUAAUGUCCCCACCGGCAAUUACUAUGCUCCGACUUCUCAGAAGAACUCCGGCGAUGUAGUAUCUUGCUUCCCUUCCUCAUUCGGAGAUAAUAUUCUCCCCUGCCUCCAACAAUACCAAAUGGACAUCGACGCCAUAAUUUCUCAACAUGUAAGUUAAAAUUCAGUCUUGCAAUUUUUAAUUUCUGUUUUUUUUUUUAAAUCAUUGGAUUAAUUGUACUGAUGUGGGAUGAAAAAUUUGCAGACAAAGAAAAUAAGGAUUGAAUUGGAAGAGAGACAGAAGCAACAAACGAGAUUACUAAUGUCGGCAAUCGGUGAAGGGGUGAUGAAAAAAUUGAAGGAAAAAGACGAGCAAAUUCAGAGGAUGGGGAAAUUGAAUUUAGCACUUCAAGAAAGAGUGAAGUCUCUGUACGUGGAGAAUCAGUUGUGGCGGGAUUUAGCACAAACCAACGAGGCCGCCGCCAACACUUUGCGUACCAACCUUGAACAAGUCCUCGCCCACGUCACCGACGAGCGACUCUCCGCCAGUUUAGUCCCCACCGGAGGAGCCACCGCCGCCGCGGCGGCGGAGGAUGACGCCGAGUCCUGCUGUGGAAGCUGCGAUUACGGUAGGGAGAAUGAGGAAGAACAUCAGAGUCUAGCUGGCGAUGCCGGAGAUAAAGGGGAUGCCGGCGCCACCGCUACCGGCGGCAACCGGAUGUGUAAGGGGUGUGGCGAGAGGGAAUCGUGUGUGUUGCUGUUACCGUGCAGGCAUCUGUGCCUGUGCACGCAGUGUGGGUCCACCCUGCUACGUAGUUGCCCUGUAUGUAAUUCUAACAUGAAUGCCACUGUGCAUGUUAACUUGUCAUCUUAGAUCAGGUUUUUCCUUGAUGACAAAUACAGAGGUAAAAAAAAAAAGAGGAAAAUUACCGUUUUGUUAGUGAAAAGGGAAAAAGGUAAAAGUUAGGAAGACAUUUUGAUCUUGUUUAGGGUAGAACAAGUUGUAAAUUCCUUUUACCUUGAGUAAAUAUAUUUUGUUCAUCAUUCUUUUAAUUUCCAUUUGUUCAACUGUAUAUAGUUUAGCUCUUAUUUUUAUCACUCCCGAAAUUCGCAUAUACCCUUUUAAACAAG